GAGAGGCCAUGAAAAUGGCGGAGCAAAAAAGGCGAAACGGGCUACUUUCGAAGGGCAUGAAAUUGCCCGUUACGAUAGAGGAAGCCCUCAAUGAUGUGCUCGUCGUAUCCUUAGAAACCGGGAGCAAAGUUUUCCGUGGUAUUUUAUUAGAUAUGAAGAAGAGAAAUUUACCACAUGGUGUCCCUUGGCAAUUUGACCAGAGUGGAUCAAACAACGGUAAAGAUGCUCAACCAGUUAGUGAAGGUGACACUGGCUCACAGCCAGAGGUAGCUGCCACGUCAAACAGAUAUACAUACCAACAAGAGUCUAGUCAAAACAACAACAACCAGGCACCUCCGCACCCAGUGACCCUCACACGGGCACUGUACAAAGACAAAAAUGUUCGGCGGAUUCGAUUACGUCCCAGACAGACACUGUGUAACAAAUGUAAGGCUGUGUGUACAGAGACAGAGAAAGGUAUUGUACCUGUUACUGCCGUAACGAAACAGCAAAAGCCGACGCCAGUGAACCAACCAUCUCCUGCGCCGAUCACGCGCAGGACUCUCAAGGAAGGGUUGAGGAAACGACCAGCUCCACAAGACACACAGCCUCAAACUUAUUCCUCACGAAGGAAAUCUCUCAUUCAAAGCAAACCAGUAUCAUCAAGAAUUUCAUCCAGGACUGUAUUAACUCGCAGUGAUUCUCUCCCGGAGAGUAGGGUUGUGUUAUCAAGAAGAGUUUCACUUACGGAAUCGAAGACUGUGUCCACUCGAAGAGAUUCUUCUGAACUUCGGGCUAUGUUGUCGCGUAGGGACGGCCUACCUGAGAGUAGGAUAGUGUUAACACGUAGGGAAUCUCUUACAGACAAAUUACUGUCAGCUCGUAAAGACUCGAACUCAGAAAGCAAACCUGUGACAACUCGUAGAGAUUCUAACCCCGAUACUAAACCCUUACCAGUGCGAAAAGAUUCAAAUGGGGAAACAAAAUUAUUAACUGCACUUGUAAAUGACAAUAAGAUACAGAAAGUCGACAAAUCAGCUGCAGCAGCAGCUAAUACUAAGGCCAGUCCGUUAAUAAAAAUUACAAUCGGGGAAGGGACAGUUAUCAAGAUCCCUCCUCGUAUCCAUGGUGAUGAGGUGGACGGGGAGGGACAGAGUCCAGUGAAAGUACAGGAGACGGAUUCUAAUGACCAAGCAAGUAGUUCUGAUGAAAUGUCACCUUACAAAAAGCUUAAAAGGACGUUUAAAAAACCAAAGGACAAAAAGGAUUCAGAAAACAAUACCUCUGGAAUUCAAAUGUCUUAUCUUGUUUCUAGUCAUCACAAAAAGCACAAACGGAAACAUCGCCACCGUCAUGGGAGUCAUAGCAAUGAUAAUGACGUGUUUCAGUCGGAAGGCGAUAUGUUGGACAUGUUUGAUGAAAAUGGUGAAACGCAUUCAGAAACCACACAGACAGAAGUUAUCUCGCAACGUCCCCGGCUACUGUACACAUGGCGACAAAACAAAGGUCUUUCUCCCAGACGAGAUGUUAAUAAAGGCCUGUCGCCUAGACGCGAUAUUAACAAAGGGUUGUCACCGCGACAGGAAAAUACAUCAUUUACUAAUAUUGACAAAUCCAUGUCUCCUAAAAUAUCACCGAGGCAGGACAACACGUUUAGUAACGUUGACAGAUCUUUGUCUCCUCAAAUUAAAUCCAACGAAAGUGUUCAGGUUCAGAAGAAGGAAUAUCGACUCAGAAGUCGAGAAAGGAAUAGCACCGAAUCUGAAUCGGUAGACUCUAUCAUAACAGACGAUUCGGAGGAUUCGUGUGGCGAUGAUGACAAUAUGUUAGGUGAUGGGUUUACAGUACAGACUGUUCCUGACAGUGAGGAUGAUCGUAGUGCUAAAUCGGAGGAGUGUUCGGGGACGGAGGACGAGGAGGGGCCUCCUGGGGACACAAAUAUAGAGUCCUUGCGUCCUCUAAUGAUGAAAAUUCAGACUCAUGACGUUACCAAGUGUGUAGCUACAGAUGGUAGGAGUAUACACGUAGGGGACAUUGUAUGGGGUAAGAUUCAAGGGUUUCCCUGGUGGCCCGGUCGUGUUCUAUCCAUCACUGUUAGUCAGCGGGAUAACGGAACCAUGAUUCGACAGCUGGCUCACGUUUCUUGGUUUGGGUCAUCGACUAUGUCCCACAUACAGUGCUCAGACCUCUACCCAUUCCUCGAAGACUUUAAACUGCGGUUUAACAGGAAGAAACGUGGUCCUUACAAGAUGGCCAUCAAAGCAGGCCACCAUAGCUGCUCAGAGUAUCACAAAUACCCAUCAUAUAGACUUCACAGAGUUUGACUUAUGACAAUAUUUUGGACACUAGCUAUAGGGACAGAUGACUGGGGAAGUGCCAGGGUUGGCCUAUUUGUCAUGAUCAUAGCAAGGCACAUACAGCAACAGUGGAAUAUAAUGGUGAAGCCAGACAAAACGGAUCUAGAGCUUUCCGCGACCACAGAAAAAGGAAACUUAAACAGUACAUGUGAAUUAAGGAAUUGUUUUUCUUUUGCUGCUAUAAAAUGAUAGCUCUAAAUUAAUCAAGUGUACACUUUAGGAUUUUUUAUUUUUUUUUUUUUCAGUUCAACCAUUGAAUUUAUUGAAUACAUUCAUAAGUUACAUGCAUAUACAUGCCUCAUUUUGCAUACUAGUACAUGUAUAUUGUGGAUGUAGGAUUUAAAAACUUUUUUUUUAUGAAUGAAAUCAAUGUAUUACCAUGGCAAUAGAAUGUACUAUACUCUUGUCUAUUGAAAUAUUGUACAUUUUAUUUUCAUUUGUACUGCAUUUUAUCUUAAAUUACAAUAUCCUGAUUAACAAUAAUUUUUAUUUGUGGAUGAAUCAAUCAAAUUCAGUAUACCUAAUUUUCACUUUAUGUUAGAUUAUAAGGUUAUAUAUUAUAGGCCAGUAUAAAGAUAAUGUUGUUUGAUCAAAAUGAUUCUUUUGGUUCUUUCAAUUUCAUUCAAACCUCUCCAACCUGUAUACCAGAUUGAAAUAUAUAUGGGAUGUUUCAAAAUGAGUAUAUAUAUCUAUACAUAUAAAAUGGCACUUUGUUAUAAGAAAAUUAUUAUAAAUUAAACAACUGUAUGUUCGACAUCUUAAUUGUAAAUUUUAUCACUGUCAUGUGAUUGUAUAGAAAUCAUUCAUCAUUAUAGAGACUUGUGAAUUUUAUGACAGCUGUACAUGUACCGUUGUAUGUUAAUUACAUGUAUGUGAUAGUUAAUGUUGUUGCUUCCUUCAAACUCCUGAAUAUUAUCGAUGUGCGUGUACUCAACGCUGCUUAAAUGAAUUUUCACCAUCAUGAUAAGUAGUAAUUUUUAUGUAAAUUUAUAUGUUUAAUGUAUUUUUUUUUUUCCGAAAUGUUGAUUUUUUUUUAUUUGGAUUUUAACACCAAGAAUGUUAUCAAAAUACGAUAGUUUUUUCUUGGCUCUUUUUGGAACUUUAAAGUUAAAUACACAGAGAGUUGAUUAUUAACUUCAAAUUUUGCUGUCAAUUUGAUUUUCCCUUUAAAGGAAAAAAGAUCCUAAAUUUAAAUUAAGUUUAUUGUGGCACUUAUAAUUACAGAUGGUCAUUAAAUUCAAUCUAUGUGACAGUGUUCAUUUGUAAUUUAAAAAGAAACUAUAUUUAUAAAAUUUCUAAGAAUACUAUUAAACUACAUUUCAAUGAAUGAAGUAUGAAGCUAUUUUAAAAAUUUCCUGUCUUGAUUUUAUGAAUUUUGUAAUCUUGAGCAUAUUUUGUUUAAAAAAAAAAUAUAAACCAACGAUGUUAAAUGUCUGAAAACUGGGCAUUUAUCUUGAUAAUCAUGUAUACACAUCACAGAAUGCUGUACCCAAGUUAAAAAUUUGUUCCUGUAAUAUUAAUGAAUCGGUAAAUAAUUCAUUGUUUUGAUUUAAUCUACUAAACAAAUGUACAUGGAUAACCGUUGCUUUUGAUAUUAAGAUUCUGGUUGACUAUAUAUAUCUACAUUUAUAUAUUUCUAUUUUGAAUAUACAUUAUAAUAUUUGGCAGUCUUCUAUAUGUAGAUCAGAAUGUUAUCUUUGAGUGACUUUCAAAGUGCUGUUAUUGAAAUUAUCUAAAUAUAUAUUAUAUUGCAUGUUCAAUGAAUAUGAAAUUAUGUCUAGGUCACAAACAUAAUACACAGCUAUUGUUUGUAAUACCUUCAAAUUUUCUUAAAAUGCUCAAAAUAACAUACCUGUAAUCGAAAUCAGUGUAUCAUGAGGGAAAUAGGUUGAUGAUUAAUGGUAAUUAUGUUUUAUAAGAUAGCAUUGAAUCUAUAAACUUCACAAAAGUUUCUUGAUUAGUUAUCCAAAGAACAGCAGUGCAAUUGUCCUCAUAUAUCUCUUUGAUGAAAGUUGUUGAAAAGUGCUUUACUUCCUUAUGGUUUGCUGGCCGCGGUCUGUUGAACUGAAUGUCCAUAGUAACCCCUCCACGGUUCAGCUCCUGUCCCCUGUAGACAGGCCCCGCUGAUUAUGCUCCAGUUACUGCCUUAAGAUGUUGUGAUAGGUGAGAUUAUAAAGCGACUCACGUUUUGAUCCGCUGUGUUAAAGGAACAGGUCAAUUCUCGUAUAUACGUAUCCUGUUGCAGUUUACGGUACAUUAUCUUCGUGUACAUGUAUCUGUCUUCGUUUAUUUUGAUGGGUGACUUUUUGGCAAUUUAAUGGUUUGUUAUAAUAGUAGAUUUGUAUUACAUGGAAUAUGGGAAAUAUAUGAACCUAUUUUCCUAAACUCGUCUUUGAUUAAUUUUGCAGAUUGCAAUGUUUCGGAAGAUUCCGUGUUAUUGUUUUCCGGUUCAGCUAUAUAUCUAGUCAUGUGGAAAUGUAACUGAACAAUUCUUCAAAAUCAAGUAUAGACAUAAGAUAUUUCUUUCUGAUGUUUUUGAUAUUUAUUUGAAGAAUUACUUCUUUACAUUGUUUGUUACAUCAUUUGAUGAACACUUAUAAUAGCUUUUGUUUUUGUAAUUCAUUGUUAAUUACUACUGUAUCUGGUAAUAAGCCCUGUUGCUGUCCAUUAAAAUUUUAACCAAUGCUCCACCUGCCAUGCAAUAAGCCGACACUCACCUUUGGAUCGGUUAAUGUGCUGGUCCCCUGGGCUUAUUACAGGAUGAAUGCUGUAGUUAACGAUAAUUUGUAAUUUCUUCAUUUGUAGAUUUGGAGUUAAAACUGACUAGUCGUCGAAGGAUAAAGGUUUUAUAUUUAUCUAACAAUAAGCUGAUGCGGGGUAGUAAUUUAAGCCCACCAUGUCUGUUUCAGUUCGGUGAAAUUAUUACAACACGGAACCGCAGUGGCCGAGUGGUUAAGGUGUCUUGACACUUUAUCACUAGCCCUCCACCUCUGGGUUGCGAGUUCGAAACCUACGUGGGGCAGUUGCCAGGUACUGACUGUAGGCCGGUGGUUUUUCUCCGGGUACUCCUGCUUUCCUCCACCUCCAAAACCUGGCACGUCCUUAAAUGACCCUGGCUGUUAAUAGGACGUUAAACAAAAACAAACUACUUGUUUGUCCCUGUGUUCAUUACUGGAUAGAUAUGGUAACAAAUAUUAAUUCUUCUUUCGCAAUUUUUUCCCUAAUAAAUUUUUUUUUGCUGAGAAAACCAACUAUAAAGAAUACAGUUCACCAAUUGGCUGAACUUUCAUGCAUUUUUUUGGAAGAUAUGAAAUACAGUAUUCAGUACUGUUGGUAUAGCUGUAAUAUUGAUUAUAUUGCUUAUCGAUGAAUUUCAAGACAACAUGUGACUCAAUUCAUCGCUGUAUCCACAUACUUAGUAUACAAAUACGUCUGGCAUUGAAGUGCAAUACACACCAGGAAAUAUGGUAAUUAUGUACACAUUUUGUUCCGUCUUUAAAAUGCUGAAAGAUUGAUGAACCAAAUUAAUUGAAAAAUUUGGAUGAUAUCUUACAGUAUAUAAUUAUAUAGAUAUGUAUAGAUUUUGAAUGAAAUUAUUUGAUACAUUUCUUAUAUGAUUACUUUGAUUAUAAAAUUUCUUCUUUGUAAUAUAACCUCUUGCCAUCUGUGUUCAGGCUUAUUCCAACAAAAUGUCAAUUCAAAGAUACUAAUGCUGUAUACAUAGGGCAAAUUGUGAAAUUUAGAUUUGUGGUUGUUUUGUACAUGUGAUUUGUUGCCAAAAGAUGAUAGAAUGUUGGAUUUCUGAUCCCAUACCUCUGACAGGGAAAUUACAACUCCAGUACUAGAUUUUGCUGUCUUUUAAUUUGAUAUAUACAAUUUUGGUGCCAAUUUUCACUUGUACAAAUUUGUUCUUUCCUUUACUACGGUUAAAGUUUAGGUUAUUAAUAUUGAAAUUAUACUUCAGAUUUCAAGAUUUAAUGAAAGUUUAAUAACAAAUUAGUAGCAUUUUGAAAGUUAUUUAUGUUUAUGGCAGAUUGGAAAAAUCUGCACAAAGAAAGAAAUGUUUUGUCCCUGAAUAUAUACAGGGUAUGGAGUGCCAAAUGGGUAUCGUAGGCAUGGAUGGGGCACAUUACUACUGAUAUUUGUUGCAGGUUUUUCCAAUGAUAGAUCAGUUGGAGUUUUAUCAUUUUAUUAUUCAUUGUGGGUAGUAUAUACUUACUGUCUUGUGUAAUACCAUUGUAAUAAUUAAAUUACACCUUCAGAAUCCAAGGGUUCCGCACUCAACAUACUGAUCUUCUGAUCUGCACACUUAAUCGAAUGCUCGUGGUGGGAUAUUUUACCUUUAUUACUAGAAAUACAGACCAGCCUUUUAUUUAUAACUCGAUUUUUCCUGUGUUAAAAUUGUUUUCUAUGAAGAUACCAAAAAAGCUGAGCGAGACGUUCAAAAAUUUAAAUGUUGUCAAUUUUACCUCUUCUUUUUCAAAAUAUAAAGUUUGUGAGAUUUCUGAAGUUUUCAGAUUACUUAGACAGUAGCCCAAGAUGGUUUAUACAGCCAUUCAGUCCGACACAUUCUGAGAGUGUAGAGAAGAAUGUUCCACAGUACAUCAGGUGGAACCCUUGGAUUUUGAAGAUGCUAUAAUUGAUUCUUUUACUAUAAUACAGAUUUCACUUGCACACGAAAUAUAUAUUUCAUGUUUAGAUAUUAAAGGUAAAAAUUCCACAUCCUGAAGAGAUACCAUGAUUAGUAUACCCUACCAGCUUGGAUAGCGGAUGAUCCAUUUGAAAGAUUUGUGACUUGAAAUAUGUA